GUACAUAUUUUUUAUUACAAUAGUAGGCAACUCAAUAAACCUAGUGUCAACGUGCCUAACAUGUGCAUAACCUAAACAUUUGUUUUCAAACGUGUUUUGUUUUUCUCCCAAGUGAACAUGGAUUUAUUCAUUGUUAAUCGCCAUUUAGAUGUUGAACAACCAGUGGGGAAUGACGAAGAAGAAGUCAAGUUAAAGGCAACGUUAAAUCGGAUUGAAAAGAAUCGCGCAAAAAGGCAGAAACGGAGAGUAAAAGAACAAGAUCAGAAACAACUGAAAUGGGAUAUUAUACAAAGACGCAUUGUAGAUAACGACUUUAAAUACAUUCAACCAGACACUAAUCAAGCAUACUUUGAUGAUAAUAUUGAUGAAUUCGCUAAGAAAUUAGAAGGUGAUGUUGAUGAAGAUUCUGCACUGAAAGAAGAAUCAAAAGUAAUAGGAGAUACAAGUAAAGAAGUUAAGAAACAGAAAACAAAAAAGAGAAAGAUUGAGAGUGGUGAAACAAUUGAUGGUUUUACUGUGUUAGCCACAACAGAUCUUAAACAAGAGUCUCAAGUAAAAAGAGUACUCCCUGAGUGGUUAUCUAAUCCUACAGUAAUAUCUGUAGAUUUACAAAAUUUGCAAACAAAAGUGUCAAGCAUAAAGUGCUUGAGCAAGCAAUUGAGAAACAAGUUGAAAGCAGAAAACAUUAAAUAUUUGUUUCCUGUGCAAGCAACUGUCAUUCCAUACCUGUUAAAUAGUUUAAACUUGAAACACUGCAUGUCACCCAGAGAUAUUUGUGUGUCUGCACCAACAGGUAGUGGCAAAACAUUAGCAUUUGCCCUCCCUAUCAUUCAAGCAUUACAGGAUACUUUUAUAAAAAGAAUUAGGGCUUUGAUUAUUCUUCCUACACAAGAUUUAGCAACACAAGUUUUUCAUACAUUCAAGAAGUAUACAGAGGGUACUAAAUUGGAUGUUUGUCUUGCCACUGGUGGUACUCAGUUCCUGCUGGAGCAGAAAGAACUUGUUGUGAACAAUGCAGCAUUUGGAUGGGUGAGCAGAGUUGAUAUUUUAGUCGGCACAGCUGGCCGUCUUGUCGAUCACAUCAAACACACACCUGGAUUCACUCUGGAAUAUUUAGAAUAUCUCGUCGUGGAUGAAGCUGAUCGUGUUCUGGAUAAUGUGCAGAACGAUUGGUUAUAUCAUCUGGAAAAACAUAUUUAUAAUGAAGAACCUACCGAUUUAAAUAUAUUAAACUUGAGUAAUUACCGAUCAAGGCGAGCCCCACAGAAAUUAUUAUUCUCUGCAACACUAUCGCAAGAUCCCGAAAAACUUCACAAGCUCGGAUUGUUCCAGCCAAAGUUAUUCACAUCCAUUAUCGAGGGGGAAGAAAAAAAUGUUACGAACAUUUCGGAGAAUUUCAUUGGAAAAUACACAACGCCAAAGGAAUUAACAGAGAAAUAUAUUAUUACGUCAUUGGAUUUGAAACCGCUAGUUUUAUACCAGUUUAUUAAAAACGAAAAUUUAUCCAGGACUUUGGUGUUUACGCAUUCGUUGGAAAAUGCGCACAGAUUAAAGGUGUUACUGCAGAAUUUGUUUGGUGAAGAGGGUAAAAUUGAAGAAAUUGGAUCGAAGUUGGAUGGUAAUUUAAGGAAUAAAUUAAUAAAGAAGUUUAAUAGUGGAGAAAUCGACAUAUUAAUUUGUACUGAUGCUUUGGCUCGUGGUAUUGACUUAUGCGGUGUGCAAUGUGUAAUUUCAUACAGUGCACCGAAACAUCUCAAUACUUAUAUUCAUCGUGCUGGUCGUACGGCGCGUGCGGGAGAACAAGGUCUGGCUGUGACCAUGUUAGUCCAAGAGCAGUUAACUAAAUUCAAUGAGAUGCUAUCGCGCGGUGAGAAAACCACUUUGCAGGAAAUUAAAAUCGACGAAGAACAAUUGCAAGGUCACGUCCAACAAUACCAGGAAGCGCUCACUGCACUCAAGACUACCGUACAUGCCGAGGAUGUUGAAAAGAGUAAAAAGUUACAGGCAUCAAAACGCCAAAGUCUAAAAACAAAGGCGUCUAUAAAGUCGUAGUUAUAUUAAAUAUUUGCAUUUGAUUUAUUUGUUAAUGUUAAUAUGAUAAAUAGGAAGGAAUACAAAACGCAAA